UUUUUUCGUUUUCCGCGACUUGUAUUUUGUUAAGUAGUGGCAUUUACAAUAAUAUUUACAGUUCUUAAUAAGUGUUAUUAUAAGGUGAAGUCAUAACAAUUGAGUGACAUAACAUAGCUAUGUGAAAUUCUUUCGAAAAACUACAGAACUUUGGUUCGUAAAUUGUGAGCAUGGAUGCAUCGAAAACCACAAGUAAAACCAGCUCGCUGAAGGCGUUAAUCUUAAAAGCCUGGCGUGAAAGGUGGACUGAUAUACAAUGGGGCAUAAAUAUCAAGACCAUUCUUCCCCGGGGAGUCAGUGGGGACUUAUACAAUUUAGCAGAUUGCAUUCUUCAGCAAGCGAUGGUUGGAUGCGGUGCAAAUCAACUGGUAAUCUCGUAUCUUAAGCAUUCUUUGGCUUCCCAUUUAGUGUCAUAUGCGGCAGUGUUACAAAGAAUUGCAAAAUUUGAUGCAUUUCACAAACCUCAUUGCAUUUUAAGUUUGCUUGAGUUCUUGGAAAGCUUUCUUGACAGUGUAACUUGUCGAGGUAAGAUGGAAGAAGAAAUCUUAGCAUAUGCAGUCUCAUCAAUUAUAUUAUGGCUGCUUCAAGUAUACCAUUACUCUUUGAGUAAAUACCCAUCAUCUAAUCCGAUACAAAGUCAAGAAUUACUUGAGAAGUCUACAACACUUUUGAAUUCCAUUGUGAAUACAGAUUUCUUACUAGCUAUGUUUUAUUUGGCUAAACAGAAUGACCCAGAAGAGUAUGAUGAGGUAACUAAGAAGUGUCAAGAAAUAACAGCUUUUAUGAUGAUGAAUACUCAGUUCAAAGCACCACUUCAUAUUCAUGAAACAUUACAGAAGAUUUGUAACAUGUCUAUUGAUAAAAUUGCUCCUUUGAACAUCAAGUCGGAAUCUCUUCCGCACUCACUGCAAGCUCUUAUUGCAAUUAAUGUCUUGGCAACACCUAGCAUGGACUUACAACAGCUUUCCAGUCAAUUGCUUAUGAUACAAAGAAUAAAAGGCUACUCAUUAUCCAGAUUAUAUUGUGAAUUAAUUAGAGCAUGUUUUAUUUCUUUAAAUGACUCGUGUAAAGAUUCUUGUAGGCAGGCAGUGUGGGCAGCAUUUACAUUUUUGCGAGUUCCUCAAGUAAUACAUUAUAUACAUAACACUUCUGGUACAAGUAACAAAGAUGCAGAACAUUCUAUGGAAGUUGUGGAAGCCUUUGAAAAAUUGUUACAAUCAACCCCAUUACUGGAUAUAGUUGACACUAAAAAUUGCUGUAACAGUGUUAUUUGUCUUUUGGAGCCAUUGGUAAAAUUAAAUAUAAUUUCUGAAACCCACUUGUCUUACUUCAAACAAAAACGAGAAACAAAAGACAUUAAAUUGCAGAAACUAGAACCAACAGCACUCCAAGGAUGUGUACCAUCAUUUAUUACUCGUGCUGAACCAACAUUGGCUGGAAUUUUAAAAACAAUGGGGGGAGACUUUCACAAAACACAAGAGUCUUUGUAUGCCAUGUUGUGUCAAAUUGUUGGGGGUACAACAUUAGAUACAAUUUUAGCUGUGGCACUGGUAGAGGGUAAAUUAAAAUUAUUUGUCUCUAGACUCAUUAUGUUUAAUGAAUUUGCUUUGCUUGCUGCAAGUGAAAAGGGUGCUUCCCCAACUAAAGCAUAUACCUUUGACAUUUCCUUUUUAAUCCUCUGUUCGAUAGUACAAGAACAUGGAGUUGAAGCAGUUUUAGAUGAUAAUGGGGAUUCCUUUUUUGAACAAUGGGUUCGUGAUUGCAUGGUACAUAAAGGAGUGCACAAAUCACCGGAGCAAAUACUCCAGAAGUGUGAUCCUCAGAUUGUGGACAUUUUCCUUCACCACCUUAGUGCACCAGAUUUUGAUUUUAAGAAUACAAACUUAAAACCACAUGACCUCUGUUUAAAUGUGAGUGGUGUAGUUAAAGAGAUAUUAUUUGCAUGGGAACAAGGAUCUAUUACUCCAGGAGAUGUGAAACGAAUGUUGGAUUCUUUGCGACAGAAAAUGGCAUCUCUUGCUGUUUGUGCAUCAGUCUGGUUGUGUUCUUACAUUAAUGUUGUGCACCAGGAUGCAUUUCUUAAACCCAUAAAUAUGGUUCAGCUAUUCUUAGCUCCUCCAACUGAGAUUGAAUUGAGUCAGAUUGAAAACUUUAAAGAGCGAACUAUAUUAAUGGGUCCAAUAAUUAGGAAAAUGCAAUAUGACGUUUACCCACCAUCUGUGCCAAAGACGAAAGUUAUAACAUUUUCACAUAACAUUAUUUCCCGACAACCGAUUCUAGAACAAUUACAAACGGUCUGGGAAGAUAUUAAGAUUAGAGGUCAUCUUCAAAUUGAUGCUACUCAUAUUAUUAAGAGUUUACUAAAUACAGCAGGACCAGUUUGGUUCGUAACAAAUUUAGUAAAAGAAACACUAAAAUACAGAUAUCAAGAAGAUUUGGAUAGAUCAGUUGAUGUUGUGCUUGCAAUGUUACAUUUGGACAUUGAAAGAUGUACUGAGGCAUUACUAUUGCAUGUGUUGCCGCAAUAUUUGUAUAAUGCUAAAUUGUGCGAAGAGUUAGUUGAACCUCAGUCUUCGAUAUUAGCAAAGUUAUCAGUAUAUUGCAUUUAUGCUGCACUUGAAUUUAGUAAUUGCAAUAAAGUGCCUGUAUCAAGAAAGCGUCGACAUGACGACACUGAGGAUAUGGAGGCUCUGUGCACCGCAAAUAAAGUACGCAGAUUAAAUGAUAACUCGUCUGACAGUAAUUCUAUGUACUACAGUCAACAACAAAUCGUUGCACCGGGACUUUUGAAAGAGCCUCUGCAGUCUGCUUUGGAGAUGGUUUACAAGUUAUUCUCUCAGUUGGCCGCUAAAAAUGGCGAAGUUACACCUCAAACACAUUUCAUUUUACAAUUUUUAAUAUACGUCGUACAAUGCGGUCAAGAGAGAGCUCAGAUUGUGCUACAGAAGAUGCCCAGUGAAAUAGUUCCGACGUUGAUUAAGGCUCUUCCUGAUAAUUUUAAUAUCGGACUGAUAUUGCGACUUUACGAUUUAUCUACUCCUCAUGGAAGACGGGACACAGCCAGAGAUCUCUGCCUUUUACGAAAUAUGCGUUUACGACCAGACUGAUCUUUAGAUUAAGUUUAAUUUUUUUACAAUUAUGUAUU